AACGACCCCAUACUUCCAGCAGAGGGACACACAAACAACAUUAAGCAAACCCUCACGGAGCUUUAAAUCAUCAUUUUGCCGUUCCACUUACAGACAUAUAGACAAAAGCACAACCAUCAUGUCGAUGUUAGCGGCGCAGGUGAGGGCAACUCUUCAAGAGGUGAUGCAAUACGCGGAGGAGGGCAUCCACUACGAUGACGACGGGGAGCUUGAACUAUUCACGAAGAGAGUGCCGAGUUACUUCAAUGUCAGAGUGAACAUCCGUGCAAGCAUCGCUGCGAACGGAGAGGAUUCACUCAGAGUACGAAUGCUAUUGGCACGGUUCACUGAGGCGCAUGAUUUGCGUGUAGACAACAGUGCUGAUACCAGUGCAUACAAUUUGAGAAAAGUGGUUGGUUGGAUGUGCACAGAAGGGAUGUCCGAUGAAGGGGACGUGGAUAUGACAAAGCAGCAGAAGGGUGGAACAUACAUGCCAACCGAUUUCAAGCAAAUGCUCAUGACACAGGCGAAGAAAUAGGGAAUGCUUGUUGAAGAUUGUAAGGACGAGAUGAAAAGCGGUGUAGCAUAAAUUUUAG